AUGGGGCGCCUGUUCUGCUACAAAAGCCCGUUGUCGGAGCUGCUACAAUCGCCCGCCGGCGCCAUCGGCUCUGCUACAAUUGCCCGCCACGUCUGCUACAGAAGGCGGCCGGAGCUGCUACAAGCGGCCGCCGGCGCCGUCAGGCUCUGCUACAAGCGGCCGCCGGCGCCGUCAGGCUCUGCUACAAUUACCCGUCGCGUCUGCUACAAAAGGCGGUCGGAGCUGCUACAGUCGAUCGCCGGCGCCGUUAGCUCUGCUACAAUUCUGUCCAACGAUUUUGACUUCCAGGAAGGCCUAACCAGUGUACAGGCGCUUUUGCGUCAACACCCGAAGAGUAGUCGUGGGAUGAUGGCCACUGUUGAUCACCUCAGACGCCUCUGCCUUGACCAUUAUUUCCAAGAUGAGAUUAAAAUUAUUGUGGACUCGUGCGUGGAUCACAUCGAUAGCGAUGAUCUGCUUGACGCAACCCUAUCUCUGAGGCUGAUGAGAGAAGCAGGAUAUCAUGUUUCGGCAGAUAAGGUUCUUCAAAAGUUCACAAACUAUAAUGGUGAUUUCAAGCAUGCUCACAGCAAAGACAUCACAGGGUUGAUGAGUUUGCACGACAUGUCACACCUCAACAUGGGAGAAGCUUCACUCUACAAGGCAAAGGAGUUCUCAGGUAAGCACCUUAGAUCUGCAAUCAAACACUUGGAGCCAAAUCUUGCAAGAUAUGUGAGGCAGUCAUUGGACCAUCCCUACCAUGUGAGUCUGAUGCAGUACAAAGCCAGGCACCACAUGAGCUACCUCCAGAGCUUGCCCACUACGAACACGGCAAUCGAGAAGUUAGCACUUGAAGAGUUCAAGCUUAACAAGUUAUUUCAUCAGAUGGAAUUGCAAGAGGUUAAUAGAUGGUGGAUGGAUUUAGGAGUGGCUCAAGAAAUACCGGCUGCAAGGGACCAGAUUAUGAAAUGGUACAUGUGGCCCAUGACUGUCCUCCAAGGGCCAUCCUUCUCUAGAUAUCGGAUCGAGAUCACAAAGAUCAUCGCAUUUGUCUACAUUGUGGAUGAUAUAUUUGAUCUUGUUGCGACACCACAGGAGCUCUCCCUCUUGAACGAUUCAAUCAAAAUGUGGGAUCUUGCGGCUGCUGAUUCACUACCGAGCUACAUGAUAUCAUGUUACAAGAAUCUUUACACCGUCACAAAUGAUAUUGCUAAUAUGGCCACAAAAGAGCAUGGACGGAACCCUAUCAGUCAUCUCAAAAAAGCUUGGGCAACUUUGUUUGAAGGAUUCAUGGUUGAGAAAAAAUGGUUGGCUUCUAAUCAGGUCCCUACAUCAGAAGAUUACCUAAGAAAUGGCAUUAUCACCUCUGGAGCACCGCUUGUAUUUUUGCAUCUAUUCUUCAUGCUAGGUCAUGAUUUAACAAAGGACAGUGACCACAUCCAACGUGUCAUCUCCUGCCCUGCAAAGAUCAUGAGGCUUUGGGAUGAUAUGGGCAGUGCAAAGGACGAAGCACAAAAAGGGCUUGAUGGGUCGUAUAAGGAGUUCUACAUGAGAGAGAACCCUAAUGCUGAUGCGGAGGAGCACAUCCUCCAGAUGAUUGCAGGUGAGUGGGAGGAGCUCAACCGGGAGUGCCUCUUGAGGACAAGGUCAUCAUUGUCUUGUAGCUUCCUCGGAGCAUUGCUCAACUUCGCGAGGAUGGUCAGUGUCAUGUACAGCUAUGAUGAUGAGCAGAGGCUCCCCGUUCUCGAGGAUUACACCCGGAUGCUUCUCUUAUGA